GUCAUCCUUGGAGCGGCUGCUGUGUCUCCACAAGCUCUCUGUUCCUUUCCAUCGGGUUUCACAGUCAGCGGAUGUAACAUGGACACUGUUUGAGACGCACUGUCGAGCCUUCAGCUGUUUCCUUUGCUCAAACAAAACAAAACAAAACAAAACAAAUUAUCUCAAAGCUCGUCCUGCUGAAGUCACAAUAAUGAUGGAGUAUUGGAGGCAAUGCGCGCUGUGGUUAAUAAACUGCAAGGUGCUUCCAGCUAACCACCGUGUUACAUGGGAGUCUGCACAGGUAUUUGACUUGGCCCAAACCCUCCGGGAUGGAGUCCUCCUGUGCCAUCUGCUCAACAACCUGAGAGCUCAGUCCAUCAACCUAAAGGAAAUCAACCUCAGACCGCAAAUGUCACAGUUCCUGUGCCUGAAGAAUAUCAGGACUUUCCUGGCAGCGUGCAGCGAGACCUUCGGCAUGAAGAAGAGCGAGCUGUUUGAGGCCUUUGACCUUUUUGACGUCAGGGACUUUGGAAAGGUUAUGGACACACUCUCUAAACUUUCCCACACAGUGAUUGCACAACAGACUGGAAUCAGGCCUUUUCCAACAGAGGAAAGUGUUGAAGAUGAUGAUAUCUACAACCACCUGGAGGAUCUCAUAGAUGAGAACGAGGUGGAGGAUGAGGAGGAUCUGUACGACUGCGUGUAUGAUGAUGGAGAUGGUGGGGAGAUCUAUGAGGACCUGAUGAAGACUGAAGCCAUCCCCCCUCCGGCGUUUCACAAGCAGGCGGAGAUCGACAUCAGGAGCUGCUGUUUAACAGAGAUCAAGCAGACAGAGGAGAAAUACACUGAGACCCUGGAGUCUAUAGAAAAGCACUUUAUGACGCCCCUCACCACGUUUUUCUCCACGGUUGAAAUGGAGGAGGUGUUUGUGAAUAUCCCGGACCUGGUUAAAGUUCACAAAUGUUUACUACUGGAAAUCCAAGACUCAGUCCAUCACAGAAGUGCCCAGAACCUUUACCAGAUCUUCAUCACUUUCAAAGAGAGGUUAUUGAUCUAUGGGAAAUACUGCAGCCAUGUGGAGACAGCCAUCGCCACUCUGGAUAACAUCAGCAAAGACAGAGAGGACGUACGCAUGAAGCUAGAGGAAUGUUCAAAGAGAGCCAACUAUGGCAAGUUCACACUAAGAGAUCUGCUGGUGGUUCCUAUGCAGCGAGUCUUGAAGUACCACCUUCUCCUGCAGGAGCUGGUGAAACACACUCAUGAUGUCACAGACAAGAGCAAUCUGCGGAUGGCUCUGGACGCCAUGAAGGACUUGGCUCAGUAUGUUAACGAAGUGAAGCGAGACAAUGAGACGUUGAGAGAAAUAGAUCAAUAUCAAAAAUCCAUCGAAAACCUGAAUCAGUCGCUGAGUAACUACGGGAGACCCAAAGGUGACGGGGAGGUACGGGUGGCCUCGGUAGACAAACGAGCUAAACAGGACAGGCACAUCUUCCUGUUCGAUGCUGCAGUGAUCGUUUGUAAGCGGCGGGGAGACAACUACGAGAUGAAAGAAGUGAUUGACCUGCACCUCUUCAAGGUCACCAACAACCCCACGUCGGACAAGGAGAAUCGAAAGUGGUCCUAUGGAUUCUACCUCACUCACAACCAGGGACAGAGUGGCUUUGAAUUCUUCUUCAAGACCAAAGAGUUGAAAAAGAAGUGGCUGGAGCAGUUUGGCAUGGCCAUAUCCAACAUUCGUCCUGAGGAUGCCAGUAACAACUUCCAUGAGUUUCGUAUGCACACCUUUGACCGAAUCACCUCCUGUAACUCCUGCCACAUGCUCCUGAGGGGCAUCUUUAACCAGGGCUACCUGUGCUCCAAGUGUGGUCUAGGUGCUCAUAAAGAAUGCCUUGGCCGCUUUGGCUGCUGUGGGAAAACAGAUCCUGGCUCCGUCAGAACUCAGGGCAAAGCUCGAGAUCCAGGUCUGCCCAAGAUGCUGGUAAUCAGGAACUACUUUGGUGUGCCGAGCCCCACUUCUGGUCCAGCACUCAGCAUCCAGACAGGUGACAUCAUCGAAUUAAUCUGCGCCGACCUUCACAGCCCCUGGUGGCAGGGCAAAAUCCUGUCGAAGAAAGAGGUUGGCUUCUUUCCAAGCGAUGCCGUGAAGCCGUGCCCGUGUGUCCCAAAGCCUGUGGAUUACUCCUCUCAACCUUGGUUUGCGGGGCCCAUGGAGAGGCUCCAGGCAGAAGCAGAACUCAUCAACAGGGUCAAUAGCACCUACCUGGUCCGCCAUCGCAGCAGAGAGUUCACAGAGUACGCCAUCAGCAUAAAGUACAACAACGACGUGAAGCACAUAAAGAUCCUGACCAAGGAGGGCUGUUUCUACAUCGCAGAGAACAAGAAGUUCAGAAGCAUAUUAGAGCUGAUCGAAUACUACAAACACCACUCCCUGAGAGAAGGUUUUAGGAGUCUGGACACCACGCUGCAGUUUCCUUACCGGGAAACGGAGAACGCUGCUGUGCACCGCCUCAACCGGUCGGGUGGCAACAUGUUUACUCCCAAAGUGAUUGGUGUGGCGAUAGCACGGUAUGACUUCAGUUCGCGUGACACCCGGGAGCUCUCGCUGCAGGAGGGAGACGUGGUUAAGAUCUACACAAAGUCAGGAGCCAAUGGCUGGUGGAGGGGCGAGGUCAAUGGCAGGGUGGGCUGGUUUCCAUCCACAUAUGUAGAGGAGGGUGAGGAGUGAAAGGUCAGCCAUGGGAAUUGGAGUAAGAUAAAAGAAGAAUGGAAGCAGUGGAGUAAGCAAACUGAACACAUAUUAGUGACGAACAGAGUGAGCGUCUGCACUGCUGCUUGCUCCAGUGUUACGGUUUCAUUCUCCUCCACGGAGCUCUGCUGCGUACAACCAUCCCAGAGGCCUUUGGGAGAGAAAAGGGUGCACUAUGCUGCAGAUGCAAAGACGCCUGAUCAUUUCAGGUCAACUCUGUGAGGCUAAGUGACUCCACCAACUAGCAGCUUGCCUGUCAGCGGGACACAAGCCCUCGCCAGACAACCCCUUCCUCCCUCCCCGACUUCAUCUGUCCAUCCAUAAUUCACCCUGCGCUCCCUACUUUUCUAUGCCCGAGCCAGCCCCCAACUCCCACCUGUUUCUGCUUGCCAAGUCGGCCGUCGCCAGCCUGUCAAAAGUAGAUACUCAAAUGCCAGUCUCCCAUCCAUCCAUCCAUCCAUCCAUCCAUCCAUCCAUCCAUCCAUCCAUCCAUACCCCUGUGGAAAUAGAGCCAUCUGAGCUUGAAAAGACUCACACUGUAAAGCUUUUCUUUCAUCCCCUUCUCACUCUGAAAGGAUCUCAGUUAGUUUUGACCUUGCCUGUGUGUAUGUUCCACUAAUGCAGGUGGUUAUUGAUGACUUGAUGACCCAGAUUCACACAUGCACACCACCCACGUCUCCUCCCCUUCAGAUUAUGAUCACCACAGACUCACACACACACUUGCACAAAGACACACACGCACGCUCUUACAGGAGAUGUAAGAGAGGGAUGGCGUCAGAUAGCAUCACUGCACACUGCCAGCAAUUGAUCGCUGUUGUUCCUAUUUUCCUCCCACCUUCUACAUUCUUUAUCUGCAGCGCAGCCUCUCAUGUUUUUAGUUGUCUUGGCUGUUAGCGAUCCUCUGCUCUUAUCCGUGGCAGCUCUGUCAACAUGAGCCCAUUCGCUGAGGGUUUAUCUUAGUGGAGGCAUUAGUGUCGGGGAACAAGCCACCUGCCCCAGUAACAUAAAAUGCAAGAAAAGAAAAGCAACCAAACUUUAUUCUUUUUUUUCUCUCCUUUUUCUCCAUUGUCCAUCUUGCUUUCUUAGCUUUUUUCAGCAUAAGUUGUAUUUUUCAGUUUCAUUACCUGCAGAUAUGAUGCACUGGCUGUCUAUGAGAGGAUAUACAGUACACCGAGAUUUGUACUUUAGCAAACAUUUUCACCAGAUUAUGCAUCAAAAUGUUUUAACAUCAUCUUCCUGGGGGUUAGUGGAGACUUAGUGUCUCCUGCCUUAACUGCUAUUUCAGUCAUUUUUCCUCUCAAGAACACAGUUUUGGCAGAAACACUGAACACUUGCAAUUUGCAAGAUUUGUUUUGGCAAGAAAAACAUCAAAUAUUGAAAAGGUAUUCAAGAAUUCAGAACUUCAAUCCAAAAGAACUCUAUCAGUUUUCAGAAACCACUUCUCACAUCUUCCAGCUCACUGUCAUAACUCUCACCCCCUCUCCUUCUCUGUACUCCACCCUCACCCCCCGUAUGCAUUAUACACACUGUAUCCUUAAUCCACAGUGAAAGAGGAUUUUCCCACAUUUGAGGGAAUAAAUACCUUUACAGGAAAAUAUGCUGUGCAACACACACCAAUAUAUAGUCAGACAGAAUAAGACAGCAGAGUACACACAUCCUAAGUAGUGAUCAAAUCAUGUCUGGAGGUGAGACUGAAGACUCCCUAACAGUUUGUACAGCAAUGUUUAAACCUCAGCCACAGAGUUUCUUUGCAGUUAAAAAAAACUAUAAACCACACUCCUUUUUAAAAAUAUGUACAUAUUGAAUUUAGUAUUGAAUUUGGAGAUGGUGAUUUCUGUUCACACUGUGGUCAGAAGGCAGCAGUCACAGGGCUCUCCACAUGUCCCAAUGUCACAUACACACAGUCCUUUCUAUGAAGAUGGUCAAAACACCACUUUCAACUAGUGCUGUAAUUUCUUCAGUUUGAAGUUGUUCUGCUCCUCCUCAGAUACUUCAGCACACCUACGCAUGACAUUUUAAAAAUCACCCAUUUCUUAACUUUUCAUGGGAAACUAUGUAAUGAUUUAAAAUGCAAUGUACAUAAAAUACAAUAUCUGUCACUGAGGCAGUUUACUAUGAGGAUGCGGUCCCUAGUUUAGCACAUAAGUGAGAAUACAGUGUAGUAAUGUGUUCAAUUGAAGUUUAAAUACUACAAAAGCCUUUGUGUAACUAACUGGGGGACCCUGCCUCUGGUAAAAGAACACAGGACAGUGUUUCCUUCCAAAUCCAUCAUCUCCCCCUGCCAUGUCUUCAAUGGGUAUUGUGCCAGAAAUAUAUUUUGUGAAUCUCAGUAAGAAUCUAUUGUAAAGAUAUGCUUUUGUAUGGACUUAAUGGAGCCAUUAAGUUUGAAAAUCAUGAGUAACCCCCUGCCAGACCUGACACUCCAUGCCUUUAAGGUAUAUAUAUGACAAAUUAUUUUUGUUCUCAGCCAUAUUGUUUAACUAUUGGACUGAAGAAAUUUGUUAGAAAGGGUCAUAUUAAUGUGUUUUUGCAUUAUAUCGUCUCCGUUUUCCUAUUUCGUUCCAUCAACAGUGUCAUUAAGUGACCACUAGAUGGAAGCAUCCUAAACACAUCUCCUCCUCCCCAAGCAGUCACCUUCAACAUGCUGAAGUUUAGAGAUGACAUCAUCUGAUUAGGAGGUGAACAAUAUGUAGUUAGCAUAAGCCUCAGACUUGUUGCUGUGAGGAUACGAAGAAGCCUUAAACACAAAUCCAAGGUAUCAAAGUACACAAAAUCCAGGCUUAAACAGUAGGUAGAUGGAAAAACAUCUGAGAAAAUUAAUAUGACAUUUUUUUAAGAUAAUAUAUGGCCACAAUGUCUAUCCUGACUUCCUUUGAAAAUUAACUGAUAUUCCAGAACCCUCAUGUCCAGUUGGAACCCUGAUGAUGAUGAUGAUGAUGAUGAUGAUGAUGAUUCCCCUCCCCUCCUGCUUCCUGAAAUGUCUGCAGUCUCUGAACAGUCAGACAAUACAUUUAUAACAUCUUUAGGAGAUCUUAGAGCGAGCUGCAGCGCAGCAGUGGCACAAAUGCGAUCCAGCACAAGUCCUGGGAGAACUGGAGAGGCAGAGUAGGCUUCUUUAAUCGCAGACUCCGGUAAUCCACUCCCGCACUCCCUCCUCCGCCCAGAUGAACUCUGACAGCAGGGCCAUUUACAACUGCAGGCCUUCCUCCCCUCCGACUGAGCUUCCAGAUUUUUGUGUGCAGGAGGGACGGGAGGAAGGCUCAAGGGUAUCUGUGAUCUAAUCAUUACACCAUCUCCUCACCUCAACGACCCGGCUGCAUCCAUCUCUCUGUCAGCUCCCCUCUCUCUCGCUCUAUCUCACCAUGUCACUUCUCUCUCUCUCUCUUUACUGCUCCCUUUCCCCAUCUAUCUUUCAUCCAAUCUCUGUCUUCUCCGUUUCUCUCUGUAUUCUGUCCCUCAUGCCGUUGCUCUGUAGGCUAAAAAAGCCGCUGCUGUAUGUUGGCGGGAGGAGAAUGGAAAAUUCAGUAUUAUAAGGAGAGGAGGGAGAGAGGCGGUCUGAAACUCUAUAAACAACCACAGCAAAAUGAGGACUAGUUUAAUUUUACCACAAAUUAAUAGACUGAGAGAAAUGAUGCCAAUUAGAGGAUGAAUUAGAAAUCGCUCACACCACUGUUAUCUCCUCAUAUACAGUGUGUGCACAGAUUAUGUCCACAUGCGUAGGCACACACUGUGUAAGUGGGGAAAAGCGUUUGACAGGAUUCAGGGCUGGGAAAGUCUUAGCCCAGCAGGGGUUUUGGGAUGCAAUCUCCUGAACCAACACGAGGAAAGUUCUGUAUGAACCUGAACAGAAACAUCCCAGCCACCAAUACAUGAAUAAAAAAAAAUCAUAUAAUAUGUCUUUCUUUCUGGGCUGAAAAUCCAUUAGAACCUGUCAUCCACCAUCCUGCCCCCUUGUUGUCUGAAGUUUGUGUUCAUGCUCCAUGACCAUGUUUUGUUAUCCCACUGAAGCCAAAGAUGUUUGCUGUACUUACUGUACACUCAGCGUUAUGUCUCAUAACCACGGUACCCAACCGCUGUGGCCUAACUCUAAAACCGUGCAAUCCUGACUGUGUAGCAUUACCAUGUAUUGUUGCUGUAUCAUACUGUAAAAUAUGUACAUAGCACAUAAUAAAGAUACAUAUUGCUUCUUCUAA